AUGUCCGAAAAGUUGGAACCAAUGGGUGGUAAACUGGGAGAAGCAUUCGACGAUGGUGUUUUUGACGGUGUUAGGAAAAUAUUUGUAGGAGAAGACAAAGACAAUGAGUGUGUAUCAUAUAUCAAGAUCGAGUACGAAAAGGACGGCAAAUUUGAAACUCGUGAACACGGAACGCUUCGUGGGGAAUUAAAACAGUAUGCGGUGGAAUAUCCGAAUGAAUACAUCAUAUCCGUUGGUGGAAGCUACGAUGAUGUUAGUAGCUAUGAUACGGUGGUGAUCAAAUCGUUAAUCUUUAGAAGCUCUUGGGGAAAAACUUCUCCUAUACUCGGUGCGACAAAUUUCUUUGGAUACCUAACCGGGAAAGAAUUCAGGAUCGAGGGUAAAACUGGAGGGAAGCUUCUUGGAUUACAUGGACGCUUUGAUAAGGCUCUUAAUGCCAUUGGACCUUACUUCAACGCUGUGGAUCCUUCUCUUAAGCAGUUUAACCUUAAAGGUGGGGAUGGAGGGGGUUCUUGGGACGAUGGUGCUUACGAUGGUGUUAGAAAAAUACUCGUUGGAGUAGGUGAUGACUAUGUGAGUUAUGUUAGUUUUGAGUAUGCAAAAGGUGAAGGAACGAUGACACAUGAUCAUGGGACGAGAAAAGAUACACCAAAAGAGUUUGUGGUGGAUUAUCCUAACGAACAUGUUACGUUAGUGGAGGGAACCACCGAUCGCUACCUUACGUCGCUUCUCUUUAAGACAUCAAAAGGAAGAACCUCCCCUGCUUUUGGAAAAGUGGCUGGUAGUAAAUUUGCGUUCGAGGAAAAAGAUUUCAAGCUUGUCGGGUUUCGUGGUAAUUCCGGUAAAUAUGUCGAUGGUCUUGGUGCAUAUUUUGGCCCUAUUCCAGCUCCUACUCCCUCUUUCACAAAGAUGGGACCGCUCGGUGGCAGCAAGGGAAACACAUUCGACGAUGGUGUUUUCGACGGUGUGAAGAAAGUAACGGUGGGAGCAGAUGAAUACAGUGUGACUUAUAUCAAGAUCGAAUACGAAAAGGACGGGAAAGUGGAGACCCGUGAACACGGGACGGCUCGCGGGGAGCUAAAAGAGUUUUCGGUGGACUAUCCGAAUGAAAACAUCACAGCCGUUGGUGGAAGCUCCGACCAUAUUUUCACUUAUGAUACAACACUUAUCUCAUCGCUCUAUUUCACACUCUCCAAUGGAAGAAACUCUCCAAAAUUCGGUGAGACGAGUGGAACAGAUUUCACUUUUAAAGGUGAAAAUGGAGCAAAGCUUAUUGGAUUCCAUGGACGUGGUGGUAAUGCUAUUGAUGCCAUUGGGGCUUACUUCGGAGCCGGUUCUGGUUGA